GGUUUGUUGUGAAAUACGAUAUCAUAUAGUAUGUCUAUAGUACAGUAACCUCAAACUCCGCCUACACGUUAGCAUUCUUAUAAUACCAAGAGCACAUGACCGCUACUACAGAAUCAAAACAAUAACAGUACAACGAUGGCCGAUGCCGAAGACGACAAGGACAGCAAAGCGAAGCAAAUUGAGUUGAACAUGAAAGAAUCUGAAAUUGUAGCCGAAUUUUGUAAUCUUAUUGAACAGUCUAGGCAGUUGUUUAAAAGUUUAAGGUGAAUAUAUGUAAUGUUUAUAUAAAAGUCUAGCCUAUGUUAGCAUGCAUGUUGUAUGCCGUGGUGUGCGUUGGUGUUUGUAUACUAUAAUAUAAGAAUAAUUUGGGUUAUAUAUCAUUGUGACAGCAUAAUCAUGGAUUUUGUCAGGCCGAUGUGUAAUAUUUUAAGAUGAAUUCUUAUGUCUAGUUUUCAUUCUAAUAUAUGGUAUAUAAGCAGAGUUUUGACUUUUGAGACAUGUACUCAAACAGUCAAGAUAGUCUAUGUUCUAAUACCUCAAUGAUUUUCUCUCAUUACACAUAUUUUGUUAUACGUAUCGUCGCAUUGGCUUAGUGUUUGUAUAUAUACUGGGUCAAGAUAGAUUUCGGAAAUUUGGAACGGUUGUUGCUAUGCAGUGAUUCGCCUUUGAGUUUUGGAAGGGCAAUAUAAGAUGAAGUGUUGAGGUCAAAUGUGACGUCGAGGUAAACACGCGAUCAUCUGGGUCAAUACUCUGGGAGAUUUUCCAGCCUAAAUUUCGGCCGCGAUCUUCAAACCCAGAUAUGUCAGAAAAAGCCCGCAUUCCGGGCAACGGACCCUCACGAAACGUGUUUCUGCUGCAGGGGUCUACACCGUAGGCUACAGAAGUGGAUGCCCUCUUUGAAUUGAAGAAGAACUACAGGGGUCGAUUGUAUGUGUUUUUAAUUUCAAACUUUCUAAAAUUGCCCUGGUAAACUCAUACUAUACUCAUAGUUCGACCGCAAUCUUCAAAUCCAGAUAUAUCAGAAAAGGCCCGCAUUCUGGGCAACGGACCACUGAAGUGGAGGCCCCAGUUUGAAUUGAAGAAAAACCGCAGGGGUCUGUGUAUGCGUUUUACGAAGGCCGGAUGGUGAUUUUUUUCAGACUUUCUAAAAUUGCCCUGGUAAACUCAUACUAUACUCAUAAUAUUUAUAAAUUAGAGUGUCUUUUAUAUUAACUGUGAGGUCCGCAUCCGUAUAGUUUUAUCGCUUUUUCAAGCACUUUGACAAAGGUUGAACAACCGGCCCCAGAUCAGUUUAAUUUAAAGCGGACAAGAGACUCUACUGAGUCUACUCAACAAAAGGACUGAAUGAAUUUCUAAAUGGGCAUGCCGUUUAUUUAACUCCACCGACACCGGGGAAACGUCAAACUAGAAACGCUCAUUCUAUUAAAAUGUAAGCGUUUCAUUUUAAAUAGAGAUCUGCCACAGUUUGGACAGAAAAGUUGGCAAACGCAAUUUGGAAAAACGUUCGACAUAUAUACCAAGGUACGUUUAAAUUUAAAUACUUUGCGCAGAUUUGUUUGGACGUUAAGUCAUAAAUACUUUUAUUUUCCUACAAAUUUUCAAUUUUUAUAAAUAAAAAAUUUAGCUUUGGAAAUUCCAACAAGAAAACCGGACAGUCUUAGAUAAAAAGUACGACUUAAAAAGAUGGCAAAUUGGGGAAAUUGCGUCGAAAAUUGGACAACUCUAUUAUCACUACUAGUAAGUAACGUUGCGCUGUAGCUGCUUUUAAUUUUUCAUUGGGGAUAAAUCGGGAUUUACAUCCAUUUACUUAUAUCAGAAUAGCGAAAACUAUCCGAAUGCAAAAGUUGUUUUACCAGCAAAAAGUAUUUACGACAUGUUUUGCUUCUUUUGGUGUAGUUUGCGUACAAGUCAGUCCAACUAUUUACAAGAAGCUUUCUCGUUCUAUACUGCCAUAAGAUCAAGAGCUUAUUACAGCAACGCAAGUAAAUUAGACACGUAAGUAUUAGAGAGAUGCCCAUAUUAGAAAGGUGCCCAUAUUAGAGAGAUGCCCAUAUUAGAAAGGUGCCCACGUUAGAGACAGCAUGCCCACAUUAUAGAGAGGUGUCCAAAUUAGAGAACUGCCCACAUUAGGGGCACACUAGAGGGUUCCACUUUCCACAUUAGAGAGGUGCUCACAUUAGAGAAGUGCCCACAUUAGAGAAGUGCUCACAUUAGAGAAGUGCCCACAUUAGAGAAGUGCUCACAUUAGAGAAGUGCCCACAUUAGAGAAGUGCCCACAUUAGGGAGGUGCCCACAUUAGAGAAGCGCUCACAUUAGAGGGGGUGCCCACAUUAGAGAAGCGCUCACAUUAGAGGGGGUGCCCACAUUAGAGAAGCGCUCACAUUAGAGGGGGUGUCCACACUAGAGAGGUUUCCAUAUUAGAGAGGUGCCCAUAUUAGACUAUUAGAGAAGUGCCCACAUUAGAGAAGUGCCCACAUUAGAGAAGUGCCCACAUUAGAGAAGUGCCCACAUUAGAGAGGUGCCCACAUUAGAGAAGUGCUCGCAUUAGAGGGGGUGCCCACAUUAGAGGGGGUGUCCACACUAGAGAGGUUUCCAUAUUAGAGAGGUGCCCAUAUUAGGUGCUCAUAUUAGAGAGGUGCCCAUAUUAUAGAGGUUUUCAUAUUAGAGAGGUUCCUACAUUAGAGAGAUGCCCACAUUAGAGAGAUGUCCACAUUACAGAGGUGUCUGUAUUACAGAGGUUUUCAUAUUGAGAGGUGCCCACAUUAGAGAAGUGCCUACAUUAAAGAGAAGUGCCUACAUUAAAGAGGGGUGCCCACAUUAGGAAGGUUCCAUAUUAAAGAGAUGUCCACAUUAGAGAGGUGCACUCAUUAAAGUGGUGUCCACAUUAGAGAGAUGUCCACAUUAGAGGGAUGUCUGUGUUUAGAGAGUUUUUCAUACUGAGAGGUUCCCACAUUAGAGAGUCAUGUCCUCAUUAGAGUGGUGUCCACAUUAGAGAGAUGCCCACAUUAGAGAGGUGUUUGUAUUAGAAAGGUUUUCAUAUUGAGAGGUGCCAACAUUAGAGAAGUGCCCACAUUAGUAUCAGAGAGGUGCUCAUUAAAGAGGUCCAUAUUAGGUGUGUCCAUAUUAGGGAGAUGCCCAUUAAAGAGGUGUGUCCAUACUAAAGGGGUGUUAGUAUUAGGGAAGUGUGCAUAAUAGAGGUGUCUCGAUUGGAGAGGUGUCUGCAUUUGAGAGACGUCUAUAUCAACCCAUUGAGCAUGGCCAGCACUCUCCAUCAAAAUCAACUGGUGCAAGACAGAGUAAAAUGAUGUGGGUGUGACUAUACUUUUAAUGAAGGAACUGAGUGUAUAAAAUAAAUUGCAAGAUGUAUCUAGUGCUUUGAUGCAUCUACAUGCACUUUGGCAGGGUCUCUAUUGAUAACAGAUUUUAUUUGUAAUUUAAAAAAGAGCUACCCUGUGUAAAUAAGAUUUUAUCUUAUCUUAGAUCUGACUUAAUGGUGAAAAAAUUACGGUUCUAUGCAAGAUUUAUUGUUGUUACACUUCUUUUAAAUAAAAUGGAUUUUGUGAAGGAAUUAAUUAAGGUAGGAUUGCACAGGGUGUUGCCUGUUAAGGUGGCACAAUAGUUAUUGAUAAAAUUUUGCUUUAUUUGCGGCCGAGGAGAAUGUUUUCAGUUGAACUCUACUCAGUACCGCAGGUUUUACCAGGAACUCUAUUUUUCUCUUGAAAAUAAGAUUCAGUGUGAAUUAUAACAGUCAGAAAUUUUCAGCUAUUUGCUGAACAAAAAUAUGGCCAAUUAAUUUUAUUCCAUACAGACAUACAUUAACUAACAGACAUAAUUAAGUACUGCUCAAAAUACAUGCAAGAAAAAGAACACAAAAUAUUUUCUUAUCUUUGCUGUGAUGGGCAACAAAAAUUUACAGUGCCAAGUUUAUGUACCAGACAUGCAGAAUAUUCAAAAAAAAAUAUAUAGGGACCAAGAAAUUUUUGGUUGUAUUGAUCUUUGGGACUGCUUACCAAAAGUUAUAAGUAUGAUAGGUCAUGCAGGAAGUAAUCAGCAGGACAAAUCAAUGUAUAUACGGUAUUGAAAAGUUGGCCGACCAUUAUUAACCAAAUUGUCCAAGAAACUGCACAUUUGAGUAUACCCAGACAUUUGUCAGACCGGAGCAAAAUUGUUUUAUUAAUUCCACACAGCAUGGUAACAAUUAAAUGGUCCUUGCUUAAGAGAGGUGCUUAGAUAGAAGUAUUCAGUACAAAUAAAGCUACUUUAUUGUCUGUGUCAUGUACUAUUUGCUAGGAAUUGAGACAAUAUAUAGAUGAAUAUACAAUGGUGUACGAUCCAACAGAUGAAGGUGAUUGGAGACUGGUGGUGAAUGAAGUGACCGCAUUUAUUGAU